UACGAGUGUAAAUGGGACACAGACGCACAAGAGAAAGGCUGGGGAAACGGAAUUAAAAAUCGUAACUGCUGAAAUAGCAAUUAAUAUACCAAAACAAACUAAAACACCACAGGAUAAAAGCGGUGUGUGAAAUGGAGGCGGUGCCUCGAAUGCCAAUGAUAUGGCUAGACUUGAAGGAAGCCGCAGAAUUUCAGUUCGGUCCCUCCGUGAAACAGUUCAUCCUGAAGAGCUAUGGAGAGGACCCAGAAAACUACAACGAGCAGCUGAAGAAGCUGGAGCAGCUGAGACAGGGUGCGGUGAACGUCACGAGGGAUUUUGAAGGCUGCAGCACCUUGAGGAAAUACUUCGGCCAGCUCCACUACCUCCAGAGCCGGGUGCCCAUGGGAUCUGGACAGGAGGCGGCGGUGCCCAUCACAUGGACAGAGAUCUUCUCUGGGAAGACAGUUACCCACGAUGAUAUCAGCUAUGAACAGGCCUGCAUCCUCUAUAACCUGGGUGCUCUGCAUUCGAUGCUAGGAGCCAUGGACAACAGGGUAUCAGAAGAGGGGAUGAAGGUGUCCUGCACCCACUUCCAGUGCUCCGCCGGGGCCUUCUCCUACCUGCGGGAUCACUUCAACCACGACUUCAGUGUGGACAUGAGCCACCAGAUCCUCAGCCUCAACAUCAACCUCAUGCUGGGCCAGGCGCAGGAGUGCCUGCUGGAGAAGUCCAUGCUGGACAAUAGGAAGAGUUUCCUGGUGGCUCGGAUCAGUGCACAGGUUGUUGAUUACUACAAGGAGGCAUGCCGGGCACUGGAGAACUCAGAGACAGCCUCUCUGCUGGGGAAGAUCCAGAAGGACUGGAAGAAACUGGUGCAGAUGAAGAUCUACUACUUUGCAGCCAUCGCUCAUCUGCACAUGGGCAAGCAGGCAGAGGAGCAGCAGAAGUAUGGAGAGCGGCUGACCUACCUGCAGAGUGCUCUGGAUAAACUGAAUGAAGCUGUGAAGCUGGCCAAGCAGGGCCAGCCUGAGAGUGUACAGGAGGCCUUGAGAUUCACCAUGGAUGUGAUCGGGGGAAGGUUCAACUCUGCAAAGAAGGACAAUGACUUUAUUUAUCAUGAGUCUGUGCCUGCCCUGGAGACUCUGCCCUCUGUUAAAGGCGCCCCCCUGGUGAAAGCUCUCCCGGUUAACCCGACUGACCCCGGCGUGACUGGACCUGAUAUUUUCUCAAAACUGGUUCCCAUGGCAGCUCAUGAAGCCUCAUCCCUCUACAGUGAGGAGAAAGCCAAGCUGCUGAGAGACGUCAUGGCCAAGAUCAGCAGCAAGAACGAGACUCUGGAACAGUUCAUGGACUCGCUGCGGCUGGACCCUGAGACAGUGGACAAUCUGGACAUGUACAGCCACAUCCCCCCUGUCCUGAUGGAGAAGUGUGCUGCGCUGAGCGUGCGGCCCGACACUGUUAAAAACCUGAUCCAGUCCAUGCAGGUGCUGUCGGGGGUGUUCACUGAUGUGGAGGGCUCUCUGCGUGAGAUCAGGGAGCUGCUGGAGGAGGACCAGGCUCAGGAGCGCCGCCUGGAGGAGGUAGUAGGGAAGCAGGCCAUGCCUCCACCCCCACCUGCCCUGGCGGAACUCACGAAGGACCUAGACAAGUACAUGGAGGUGCAUGAGAAGGCCAGCUUCACCAACACUGAGCUACACCGUGCCAUGAACCUGCACAUUGCCAACCUGAGGCUACUGGGGGGGCCCCUGGAGAGCCUGAGUGCUGCACUGCCUAGGCCUGAGCUCACUGAGGAGGACGUUGCUGUGCUGCAGUCGAUGAAGCGGAUCCUGGGCAAGGUGCAGGAAAUGAGGGACCAGCGCCAGUCUCUGGAGAAGCAGCUCCGAGACCUGAUCCACAAGGACGACAUCACCACUGCCCUCGUCACCACCGAGCGCUACGAAAUGAAGAAGCUGUUUGAGGAGCAGUUGAAGAAGUAUGAGCAGGUGAAGGUGUACAUCGAUCAGAACCUGGCGGCCCAGGAGAACAUCCUCAAGGCCCUGACCGAGGCCAACGUGCAGUACGCUUCCGUGCGCAAGCGACUGGCCGAGACCGAGCACAAGUGGAACACGACAGUGCAGACCCUGGUGUCCUCCUACGAGGCAUAUGACGAUCUGAUGAAGAAGUCUCAGGAGGGGAAGGAGUUCUACGAUGACCUGGAGGGCAAGGCAUCAAGACUGCUGGAGAGAACCAAAAGCACCUGUCAGGCCAGGGAGCAGGAGAGGCAGCAGAGCCUGGACAGGGAGAUGCAGAAGAGGCCCCCUCCUCGCCCCAUGGCCCCCAAGCCCCCCCUGCAGAAGAAGCCGUCGGACCUGGACUCGGGUUCCAGCCUGGAUGACGCUGAGCUGCAGCAGCUGAAUGCGGCUAUUCUGGCUCUUGGGGGGGACCUGCCAGAGGAGCUGCGCAGCAUUCCCCCCGACCCCACCAUCUCCUUCCCUGGGAUGCGAGCCCCUCAUCCAGAGGCCUUUCUCCCUGGCGGUACAGCCAGCCCCCCUAUCCAGCCCCCCCUGCAUUGGUCUGGGGCUGCCAUGUUCAACCAGCCUCGCUUCCCAGCUCACGCUAUUCCUCCCGAGGUCAUGGCCAGGUUGCCCCGCUACCCAGCCAUCAGUGGGCUGCCUCAACAUCAAGCCAUGCCCCCGCACAGCACCCCUACUCAGGGGUACCUCCCUGCCAGGGGGCAUUUACCUUCACACUACGCUGUACCUCAACAUCAGCCCCCAUUCACCGCAGAGCAUCUUGGAGGCAUGCGUCCCCAGCACGUCCCCCCUGCGUCAGGCUACGGGACUGGUCCGCAAGGAGGACAGAACUUAACACCCUGUACUGACACUUCUGUUCGGCCAACUAUGGUGAGCCAGCCUGGGCAACCUCAGUUAUCUGGGCUAGCUGUGGGAGGGCCAGGGGUCAGGCCUUCCACCACCACUGUGGACAGCAUACAGACACCCAUUUCCAGCUUCACUUCUCGAGGGCACCCAGGACAGCCUCCACAAGAAGCCCCAAUAGGUGGCAUGCAACCUCCCAGGCAGCAGAUACCCACUACUGGGGGGUAUGGAGUACCACCUAUGGGGCAGUAUCCCCCCUACCCACAGCCACAGCACUUUGGUCAUCCUCGCCCACAGUUCCCUCCCAGUAUGGGACAGCAGCAGCAGCAACAGCAGCAGCAACAACAACAGCAAAUGCAGCACCCCUACCAGCCCCAGCAGCACCCAGGCCAGGAGCUCCACGGUUCAGUCAGGCCCCCUCUUCAGCCCCAACACUACCAACAGUACCUGCCCCAGCAGAGACAGCAGCUGCCCCCUCACUUCCAGCCUCCUUCCCACCUCCCCAUGCAGCAGCCUGCCUUUCCUGGCCAGCUCCGCAUGCAAGCAGUACUACCCCCACAGCCUUACCUCCCCCCACAGCCUUACCCACCCCCACAGUCUUGCCUCCCUCCUGCCUUCAUAUCCUCACAACCCCACCUGCUCCCUGCCUCUCACCCCUCUCAGCCUAACCUGCCCCCAGCCUCCAUCCCAGCCCAACCUCACGUGCCCUCUGCCUCCCAGCCUCACAUGCACCCUCAGAUGCCCCAACAUGCACUACCCCCACACUCGGGGGCCAUGUGUUACCCCCACCAGACCCCUCAGACAGUUCAACCUCAGCAAGCACAGCCCCUGCAACCUCACCCUUCCACUGCCCAUUCCCUGCUCCCUACUUCCUCUACUGCCCCUGCUGUAGCAACCAUGCCUUACCCUCCUGCCCCCUUGCAGCACCAGGGACCCCUGGCGCCCCACCCUCUCCCCCACACCCAACACGGUCUCUCUCCAUCCCCUUCCACUCAGAUACCCCAGCAACCUCCUCCCAAUGUCAUCCCUCCCUCCCCGGCCCCUUCUCCUUCCCCCCAGCCCUCUCCUGGCCCCCCCUCCUUGGGUCUUAUCCCCCAGAGACCCACACCCUCCCUCACACCCUCACUCCCUUCUGCAUCUUCCUCCCCAGCCCCUUCUAUCUCUUCUGAGGUGCUGUUCCAGAGCUCCACCACUGAUGACCUGCUCUCCUCCAGCCCUGAGAGCCAGCAUGGAGGUCCCAAGGCAGCUGCUGCCGUACUCCUGCCCACCAAGGCGGACCCCCAGGAUGGGCAGCGGAAAAAGAAGCCUGAGGGGGUGCGUCUGAUCGAGGGGGACCCGUACCAAGCCCCUGAGUGUGUGACCCGUCUGUGGGCAGAGCUGGAACGGUACCGGGCAGUGGUGGAGGCUCUGGAGAGGCCAGGGCAGGGCCCCUCGGAGCUGGAUGCCCGCUGGAAGGAGCUCCAGGAUCUGCAGGAAAAGGAUGCGCGGCAGCUCUCCAUUGCCAUUGCCCGCUGCUACAGCAUGAAGAACCGCCACCAGGACAUCAUGCCCUACGACCGCAACCGUGUGGUGCUGCAGUCCGGCAAGGACGACUACAUCAAUGCCAGCACCGUGGAGGAGCUGUCCCCGUACUGCCCCCGCAUCAUUGCCACGCAGGCCCCCCUCAUCGGCACAGCUGCAGACUUCUGGCUCAUGAUCUACGAGCAGAAAGUCUCCCUUAUCGUCAUGCUGGUGUCUGAGCAGGAGCUAGAGAAGCAAAAAGUUCUGCGGUACUUCCCCGUUGAGCGUGGGCAGCAGGUGUCCCAAGGGCCCAUUACCUUGACCCUCACUACCCUCAAGGUGACCCCCACCCAUGUUGAGAGAAUGAUCGGGCUACAAUACCGUGACCAGAGCCUCAAGCGCACCGUAAUCCACCUGCAAUUCACAUCCUGGCCUGAGCUGGCUCUCCCUGACAGUAACAACAACCUGAUCCGAUUCAUCCAGGAGGUCCAUGGACAUUACCUGCACCAGCGCCCCCUUCACACUCCCAUCGUGGUGCACUGCAGCUCUGGCGUGGGUCGCACUGGAGCAUUCUGCCUGCUGUAUGCUGCCAUGCAGGAGGUGGAGGCUGGCAAUGCCAUCCCAGACCUGCCACUGCUAGUGAGGAAGAUGCGGCAACAGAGAAAGAACAUGCUGCAGGACAAGCUCCACCUCAAGUUCUGCUAUGAGACAGUCCUGAAACAUGCUGAACAGGUCCUGCAGCGCCAUGGAGUCUCUACCGCCCCCUGCAGCAAGACCAACAUUGCAGUCACAAAGCCAUACUCUCGCCAAGAGUCCCAGGAUAUUGUGUUGGGGGGGGACAUGCCAAUCAGCUCCAUCCAGGCCACCAUCGCCAAAAUGAGCAUCAGACCCCCCACCUCCUGCGAACACAGCCUGGACUUCAGCGACCUGGACACUCUACCCCUUGGCCCGUCCAGCCUGCCUGCCAUCCCUGUGAUCCCAUUCCAGCCUGAUCUCACUACCACCUCCCCACUUGACAACAGCAGUGCCACUCCACCUCCAACAGAGAUCGAGGGGCAUGUCAACAACAACACUACCACCGAGCAUCCCCAGCCAGAGCCAGACGUGGCACCAGCCCUGGACCCAGACCCUGUCAGCUCCUCCUCACUGGACCUGCUGGCCUCCCUCACACCUGAGGCAUUCACACUAGACGCCGCCUCCAAGGGAAAGCAGCGCAUCAACAAGCACUGCUUCCUUCAGCCGCAGAACGGACAGGGCCUGCAGGGGGCGCCCUCAGACGACGACCCCUUCAGCUCACUCGACCCUCUCUGGACCCUCAACAAGACCUGAGCCCGGACCACCCAAGCCAGUCGCAAUCCAGCCCUCCCUGAACCACGCUGGAGCAGGCAGGGCAGCAACCCACUUCAGAGCAUGGGAUUCACGCUGUACCUUAACCCUGAUCGGCUAACUGUACCACAACUCUACCUGCUGCAGGAACCAACCUCCCUCCCUCCACCGACAAUAGCAGAGCACAAAAUAAGAGCUCUUACACUCUUACAACACAUGGCUGCUGAGUCUGCUUCUGCUCCGUGUAGUGUACUAAUUACCUAAAGAGCUGAAUUCUGUAUUCUUUUAAAUUGUAUUACUGUGUAUAUGCCCAAAGACUUUUUCUGUGCUGUUCUGGUGGUACUUUUUUAAAAUUAUUAUUUGAAAGUUGCCACUCUUAACUGUUCUCAUUUGGUGUCAGCAUGCAUUCCAGUUUGGCAGUGUUUCCUGCGACUCCUGUGUUCAUUGUGUCAUUGAUGUUUCUGGGCAGGUUUUCUGUGUAUUCACUGAAGUAGUUGACUCACACAGCCAGUCGCAGUAGUUUCAGUCUCUGUGCAUCCACUCAUUCACUCACUCACUAUCAGACACUGAAGCAGGCACGGUCACCUGGGUCAAAACUCAGUGUUGUGAAUUUCAGGGAAUGAAACCAGGUUACAAGGGGAAUAAGGAAGCAGAAAGCUGACGCUGCCAGUGACAGGAAAGAAGUUCACAAGAACACCCAUGAAUAAAUUAGAUGGCAAAGGGAAAUUUAAAUUGUCUGGUAUGUGAAAUUGUAGAAGAUUGGGGUGACUCACACUUGGAGACACCUGAGAUCAACUCUAUGACGUUUGCUGUAUACUACAAAAUGUUUGGGCUAAAUCGAAUUAUUAUUCACAUACUAUUAUGUUUUUAACUAAUGCAGUCUUUUGGUAAAUUUGGGGUUUUACAGCAUACUGUGUCACUGGGGAUUCUGAACAAUUAGUCUGAUCAUUUUUCUUCAAGUAUCAUUGUAAAUAAUUAAAAUAAUUAUAAUGCAGUUUGUUUUGCAGUCAAUAUUUUUUUUUUUUUUUUUUUACACAUUUUGAUAAAAUACUCAACAUAACUACUGUAGAUCUGGAAGGUGCAAGUUAGAGAUUUCAUUCAUAACCAUGAAACACUUGAUUUUGCUAAAUUCAGAAAUACUAAAAUAUUCAAUAAAAAUCAUUUUGAUUGAAGGCACUGAGAAAUGUUUCUUUUAGUGUUGUUAAAGGUAUGAGGUACGUGAUGCCAGGGAUUUCUUCACAUUCUGGUAACUGCUCCUAAAAGGAAGUGACUGUUGUUGGACAUUUAGCUCAUCCUGUACCUGUCUUGCAGAGCAGACCAUGAUGUUGUGAUUCAAUUGAAAUCACAAGAUAAUUUUUGGAGCCAAAUAUACUGUAGAGUCCACUUUGGUUAUUUGCAUGAACUUCAGUGCAUUUCUGUUUCUCAACCAAACCAAAAACUAGCCAUUAUUGAAUCAGCUGCUUUCUGUAACCAGAGCAUAGGUAAACAAACAUGAAGCAGCACACAAUGUAACAGUUUGCUUGCACUCCUGGUAAUGAAGCUGGGAGUCCAGCGCAGUGUAGAGACCUGGCAGCUAACCAAAACAAAGCUGUCUCCAAUGGGUUAGGAGUGCAGUCUAGUGAAAGAUUUGCCAGUGAUAUUCAGUCCUGACUGGCUCAGGAGCUACAUGAGCAGUCAGUGUUAACCAAAAAGCCACACCAUACACCUAGGUGAAUUGGGGCAAACACACCCCAGGGUAAAAAAGAAAAUUAUUUAAUUUAAACAUUAGUUAACAUUUGCACAGUCGCACAUGGGAAAUGUUGUAAAUGUCUUCUUUUUAGUGUUUCUUAUAUGUAUACUUCUAACUGCAAAUAAAUGGCCAAAUAUUACUAA